GGCGAUACGCACCUUUAAUGUUGGUUUGCUCUCCGCAAGUCAACACGGAGAAGAAGAGCGUCAAAUUGAAAACACAAACGGCGGGGACCUUAAUCUGCUAUUAGCACCGCAACUGUGAAAAUGUAGCACUGACAUGUGCUUCCGAUGUCGACGGUGGGACAGGAGAUUUUCAAAACGCAACAUAUUGGCGUCUCGCAGCACCGGGUUAGGGAUGAUGCUAACCUACAGCUAGCCACACCGUUGUUAGCAAAGUCACAAGUUCGGACAACGUUAGCUAAAGUUAGCCUACCACUGGAGUUUUUACCACAGCACUGUGAUUAAGGUAGUACUUUAAUAUGUGCCAUGCAAGUUAAAUUACACAACCUUACCCUUUCAACUCAUUUCCACAGCUGUUACUUGGAAGGGUUUGUUUGUGAGUCGCCAAGUGGCAGAAGUAAUUAACGUUAGUUAAAUAGACAGCGGUUAUCCUCAGUCUGUUGAUACCUGUGACAGUUACCAGUCCACCUGGAGGGAAACUGUGGACAAUGUCAGUCAACGGGAAAGUCAUCUCCCACACACCGCUGGCCGUAGACUUCUGGCAUGUGCGCAAGUGUCCCGGCGCACGCCUGUUUUUCCUGUCCCAUAUGCACAGCGACCACACGGUGGGUUUGACCUCCACCUGGAGCGACCGGCCCAUCUACUGCUCACCAGUCACUGCCACCCUGCUCAGACUCAAACUGCAGGUGAAAGAACAGUGGAUCCAUCCUUUAGAGCUGGGUGAUCCAUACCUGCUGCCACUGGAUGACAUCGGCAAAGAGAGGAUGACCGUCACACUGAUAGACGCCAACCACUGUCCAGGGGCUGUCAUGUUUCUCUUCGAGGGCUACUUUGGCUCUAUACUGUACACUGGUGACUUCCGAUAUACUCCCUCCAUGUUGCGUGAGCCGUGCUUGAGGACCAACACCACUAUAGAUGUCCUGUACCUGGACAACACCAGCUGUGACCCCAACCGCACCCUCCCCUCCAGGCAGCGAGCCACUCAACAAAUCAAAGAGAUCAUCCGCAGUCACCCCAACCACAACGUUGUCAUAGGCCUGUAUGCUCUGGGCAAAGAGUCCCUGCUGGUGGAGCUGGCGAUGGAGUUUAAAACCUGGAUUGAGGUGAGCUUUGAGAGGAUGGAGACCCUCAAAGCCCUGGAGCUGCCUAACGUCUUCACCACUGACCCCGGAGCCGGUCGUAUCCGAGUUGUGGAGCAGUCGAAGAUCUGCUGUGCCACUUUACGCCUGUGGAACGAAGAACAACCCACUUUGGCCAUCUUGCCCACGAGCAGGCCCCUGAUCUCCUUUCACCCCCACCUCCAUGUGGUGCCCUACUCGGACCACUCCUCUUACCAAGAGCUGGAGGAUUUUGUCUCUGCACUAAAACCUACCUCCCUUGUGCCCAUUGUAGGUAACUUUGUACCUGGUAGACUCUCUGCCUUACUGCCCAGGAAGAAGCGCCAUGAAAUCCUCGUACCUGAGUCAGUCCAACACUACAUGUUGAGGCCGACUGAGAGCCAACUUGGCGCAAUAGCACACGCCAGCCUUCGCCGCAGACAUUUCCAACCUCUUGCUCCCAAAGGGGUGGUGUUUGAGUCGCCUGGUAGUGGAUCCAGGAAGUCAUGCGAAGAAGCCUGGGAGGCAGAGUGCCUGGAGCAGGAUGCUUCUGAGGAAGAGGUAGACAACGAAAGCAGUGAAAAGGACUCUGACUGCAUCCUUAUUGACCUGAGCGAGGAACUCACCCCUAACAAAAACAGAAGAGGGGCUAGAGACGUCAACAUCGCCAAGACAGUGUAUGAAGACAUGACAAUGGCGGAGUCAGUGCCGCUCGGUCAAGUGGAGAUCGUGGCAAACACGAAGGCCUGCUUGUCACCUGUCAGGACCCCAAGAAGGCUUUUUGAAACUAAUGCCAAAAUAAUCAACAAGACAGCAUCCAGUGAAAAUUACAGUUGUCAGCACUGCAGACAUGGAAAUGCUCAGAGCAUCCACAAGCUGUCAGACGGUGACGGCAUGGGCCAGCACAGUGGACUUGGAAUGGAUCAGGAUGCUGACAUGUCAGAUGACAAUAACACGAGUCAGCACGGUGAUCAGAACGACGGCGUGACAUUAUUGCAAGGGGGCCUCGACAGUGAUUCUUGCUCUUCAUCCCCGGAGCUGAGGCAGGAGUAUAUAGAGGAGCUUGAAAACAGUAUUUUAAAGGCUCUUCCCUUCACAGAGGAGGACUUUAAGACAUGGGAUCUCGUGCCGCUGUAAACAGUUUCUGCUCUGUCUGUUACAUGAUGCAGAGGAUGACCACGACAUCUCUGAUGGAUAAAGUUUUUGCCUUUUCUUUAGUUAUGUGUGAGAGAGAAUGUAUUAAGAUAAGCACCUUACAGAAAACUUAUUUUGUUCCUAGUACCUUCUUUAUUUAUAUAUUUUUCUUUGUGGUGCCUUUUGUGUAGAAAACCUGGUUUGUGAUCUUAAGGUCACUUUGUCCUAACCUUUCAUCACGGUAGCCUUGGCCUCCUCGAUGUGUAAACCAGGACAGCUUUCUAUGGUUUAAAAAAAAAAAAAAAAAAAAUCUCAUCAACAAAAAGAUAUUUCUCUUGUAAUUUUCACAAGAUCGUCAAGAAGUUUUAUUUUGCAUUAAAAACGCACAGUCUUGAGACACCUUUUUUUUUUUUUUUUUUUUUCGUUCUUAUUCUUUGAACAGUUGAAAAGGGGAGUAUGGGGAUUUUGGAGUGCAUUGAAAUAUCGUUCGCUGGAGAAGUUUACCAGUGAGACAAAGAACAAAAUUUGAUAAAAGUUCAGUUUUAGCCUAAAAGCUAAAUGUUUUCAUACAACAGAUGAGCCUUUUCCAUUUAAACUUAAAUUUUUUGUGUGAGUAGUGGCCUUAUUUAUUUUGUUAAAAUUAAAUUAGAAAUUUUCCAAAAUAGCUUUCCCUUUUUACCAGGGGGUGUGUUUUUAUCUUAAAAUCCCAUGCAUGUGUAUAGCACUACAACUUUAAUGUGUUUCAUAGUUUUCUUUUGUUCUCAAUGACCAACCUUGCCAACUCCAAAAAGUAGCUGCUAUUAUAUAAUUUUGUCAUUUAUAUUUUUUGUUUUGAUUUUGAAUUUAACAGCUCACUCAAUGUUGAUCCUAUAUCAUACUUGUUACACUACAGUACUCUGUACUAUACUGUAGUCUGAUGUAAACACUUUUUUUGUUCUGGAAAAAUAAUGCUGUUGUUCAAAUAACUAAAAGAAAGAUUGAUUUCUUGUGAAGUAAAAAGGAAAUCCAAACCAAUGCAUGUAACUAUAAAAUUUAUGUGAAAUACAUGCUCCUUAUUGUUUCCUUUAUAAAUAACCCUUUUAUUUGCUA